CGCAAUGAAGCUCGCCGGGAUCCUCUUCACCUCCCUCCUCUGCGCCGCGUCCGCGCACGCGCAAUACUUCUCCGCAGGAUGGACCCCAGGCCAGAAGGUCGCUGACGAGCAGCCCCCCGAGCCCGCGUACACCUUCGAGCCCGCCGCGCAGGCUGCGUCGAGGCCCGCACCCGCUCCCGGCGGGAAGCAGCUUGGGUUCGUAGACAAGAUCCUGACGUCGGGGCCCGUGUCUUCCCUGUUCGGGAAGAUUGGGCUGAACGUGUCAGAAGUAAUUGCGCGGGGAAGCGUUUCGCCUUGGGACGAGCGGAUACCCAUCAUCACGGACCAGAACUACGAAGAGAUCAUCGUGAACGAGAAGCUGACCCCUGAGGAGGAGAAGGAGCGGGUGUGGUUCCUCAUCGUCUCCGUGACGAGCUCGCAGAACAGCGAGAUCUCCAAGAUCGUCGACAAGUCCUUCGACGACGCCUACAACGAGACUCUCGCCGCCGGCGACCUUCCGCAUGUCCGCUGGGGCCGCAUCGACUACAUGUCCGUCACCUACCUCACGACCAAGUGGGGCAUCUGGACGGGCCCAUACCUCAUCGUCCUCAAGGACCGCGGGCAGACGCUGCGGUUCUACAAGGCGGACCGCGUGCGCAUCAGCAAGGAGCUCAUCCGCGAGCUCCUGACGGAGGAGCUCUGGCGCGAGACCCCCGUGUGGAAUUCCAACUUCGCGCCCGGCGGCAAGCGGGAAUUCGUGUUGCACUACUACGGGAUCGCGCUGAUGUAUACGUUCGACGUCAUCAACCGCGUGCCGCGGUUCGUGCUCAUGAUCGCCUCGGGUGGUAUCGCCAGCAUAGUGAUGCGCUUCCUGCACAAAUCCACUCCGCAAGACGCGAGGCCGAAACCAUCCGAAGCGGUGCCCAAAAAGACUGCAGACACUGAUGCGGGCACGGCGGUGAGCGGCGGCACGACUGCGGUAGCCUCCUCUACUGCAACCUCGAGCCCGAAGAAGGGUAAGCAGCGGAAAAAUGGGAAGAAGUAGACGGAAGAGAGCCGCGUAACUUGUCCAAGGGCUGUAUACUACAUACGCGCUAACCCGGUUGGAAGAGAGGAGUCGGCCCGAGGGGAGGUCCCUCAUGCGCUGCUUGUAUCUAGCGUUGUAAUUCGGUUGUUCGUCUAUUUGCAAUAUCUCC